ACACCAUUCGAUAUCAACAUGGCAGCCAUAUUGUAGUUUUAAAAAUAAGCGCAAAAACUACUUUUCUAUCGGCAAAAAAAGUUAUUUCAGAAAGGGUUAAAGCCCCUCUAAAAAGUUAAUAAGUAAUAGUUCUAUAGGAGAAGAAUCGUUUGAAAACAGCACAGACUUCACGAUGUCCCGAUCGCCUUCGCAAGUCUCCAACAAACAGAUCGUAAAAUCGAGAGAACAGUCAGCAUCUCGGCAGUCUGGGAAAGUAACCUUCCCCUCAGUCAGAUCAGGCUCUAGCAAACCUGUAUCUGCACUAUCAAUAGUGGCAUCAGACCAUGAUCCAAAGCACAAUCCUUUCACCAUUCCAUCAGACAAUGAUAUUUUUACUUUACGGGACAAGGAAAGACAAUGGAAACAGCAGGAACGUGUCAAGCAAAGAAAUCUAAAAGUUCAUGAAAAAUCAACAUAUACAUCUAGAGUGAAUGCCAAGACAGCAGCUAUGAGACGCAUUGGUGAAGCCAGUGAUGAUGAAGAUAUUGAUGAGGAAAAGAAAGAUAAAGAUGGGGCAAUUGCAGUGAAAGAUGAUCCAGGGUUUACUCUGGCAAUAACCAGAGAUCGUCAUGUUGAAAAAGAGAACUUAGCUGAUUUUAUUGCAAAGAAAAGAGAAAUGUUUCUUGUUCAGUAUUCCCUUGGUGUGAAAAGAGAUGAAAUGAGAAAGUUGGAAGAGAUAGCACAGGCUGAGGAGAAGAAACUUGAACUUGCAGAGCAAUAUUUAGAAGAAGAUGCGGCCAUGUUUGAUGAAUUCUUAAAGGAGAAUGACAAGAAUUCAGUUGAAGCAAUUAAAGUAGCUGAAGCUGAAACUAAGCUCAAGUUGGAAAAAGUAGCAGAAAUCAAGAAAAUUAAUGGUCAGAUGAUGGCAAUCAAAAGUGAAAUCUCUAAGAAUGAGGAUCUUCUCAAAGAAUAUCUACUGUACAAACAAUUUCUCGAUUCUCUGACACCUCAGGAAUGGAGGGAAAGUAAACGGAAGGCCAGAGAAGAGAAAAGGCAAGCAAAACAAAAAGAAAAAGCUUCUGCACCCAAAAAAAGAGCGUCUGUUGUAAUGCCUGAUAGAACUUCAAGUAGAACCAGUAGAAAGGAUAGCAGCCGAGCAAGUAUAGUACAGAAGUCGGGGAGCCCACCUCAAGGAUCUAAAAGACAAAAAAGUGAUGCUGAUGGCGAGAGUCUUGCAUCUUCAACAUAUGACACAGAUGAAGAGUUCAGCGAUGAGGAACCAGAGCUAUUCUUUGGUGACCCGCAACAGCUUCUUGACAUCUUUGCCGAACUUGAGGAGCAGAAUCUUUCCCUUAUCCAAAAUAGUCAGGAAACAGAAGAGGCACUAGAAGAGAUGAAACAGACCAUCAAACAGACUCAGGACCGCAUGAAUCACGAGACAGAAAUCCUCAAAGGCCAGAUUGAUUUUUUGAAUGAUGCGAUAAAACGAGAGCAAGAAAGAGCUGCUGAGCUAGAAAUGAAAUCCAAGAUGUUUUCAUAUGGGGAAUUCAAAGCAGAGGAUCAAGAAAAAAUGCUUGCUGCAUUGAACAAGAAAGUUGAAGAAGUGUAUCGCAACUGUAUUGGUGACAACGAAGCGAACAUUAGCACACUCCAGAUGCUGACAAACAUCGAGAAUCGUCUGGAGGAGCUCUUUGAACAGAUCGAGAUUAUGCCACCAGAGAGAGUGGAGAUGGCUGAAAAGGCAAAAGAGAAGGAACGUCGGCUGCGCCAACGAGAAGAGAAGAUGGAACAGCAGCGUUUACAUCAAGAGGACCGUGUCAGGCGCGCACUGGAGCGAGCUCAAGCCGAACCCAAGAGAAAGACGGGCAAGCCCUUGAUGUUCAGGUCAGAGCCCCCACAGACGAGAAAGAAGCAACAAGAUGCCGACAAGAAACAAGACAAAGAAGAAGAAGAACUCAAAUACUUCUUUACUUAAACAAUGCUCGACCAAGAAGACUAGGCACUUUCCGUAUUAAAAGCUGGAAUUUUCUGUCUUUUGAACAAAUAUUCACACAAAGUUUGUAAAUAAGGAAAUUGCUAGAUAACACAGAAUAGUGAAACAAGUUUAAGCUCUGUAUAUACUGAAUUAGAUUUUAAUAAAACAAGAACCUUCUAUUGCA